AUGUUUCCUUUGCCAAUGUUCACUCUGGAUCAGGUGGCUCGAGUAUGCGAAAAUCUGGAGGAAACGGGAGAUAUUGACCGCCUGGGGCGCUUCCUCUGGUCUUUACCGGCGGCUGUUCCCGUGUCGGCCAGCGACGCUCUCAAUCGUCACGAAUCGGUGAUGCGCGCCAGAGCUCUGGUCGCAUUUCACGGAGGGAAUUUCGAAGCCCUCUACCAAAUCCUGCAGAGUCAUCGAUUUACGCGUGAGUCCCACGCCAAGCUCCAGGAUCUUUGGCUGGACGCGCACUACCGCGAAGCAGAGCGCCUGCGAGGAAGGCCCCUGGGACCGGUGGAGAAAUACAGAAUUCGCAAAAAAUUUCCCCUUCCUCGUACUAUCUGGGACGGCGAGCAGAAAACACACUGUUUCAAGGAGAGGACACGCAGUUUACUGCGAGAGUGGUACCUGCAGGACCCGUACCCGAAUCCGUCCCACAAGCGGCAUCUGGCCCAGGCUACGGGCCUCACGCCUACCCAGGUGGGCAACUGGUUCAAAAACAGGCGGCAGAGAGACAGAGCGGCAUCAGCCAAAAACAGGCUGCAACAGGACGCAUUGCUCCUCCCGCCUGGCGCCUCUCCAGAAGGAUCCUCCUCAGAGCACAACCCGGCCCUGGAGGGCUCAACCCCACACCAGCCCUGCAGCCCAGACAGCAGUGACUGA